AUGCUCCGCGCCUCACUUCGCCCUGCUCUGGGCCCUGUACGAGGCCAUGUCUGCUACUCCUGUCUAGCUGUCCAAUCCAAUGCGCCAGCCAGGUUCCGUCAAUUGCACACGACACCAGUGCUGAAUGCCAAAGAGCGGAAAGAUAAGAGUGGGAAAUCUAGGAAAAUCGUUGGAAAGCCCUCCGGAAAGUUGAGCGAAAAGAAAUCAAAGCACGCCCGCAAUGAUUCACAAGAUGCAGAUAAGUCGCAGAAGUCUGCUGGAAAUAAUCAGCAUUCGCAAGAGUGGAGGGUCGAGCGAAACAAGGCGGCAGUACUGAGGGUCACGGAGGCACUCAAUGUGGCCAAGCAGCGCCAACAAGAGCAAGAAAAACCGAGCUGGGAAGAAACGAACGAAGCCAAAGAGCUAGAUAAUUCGACUUUGAAGCAUGUCGCCAAGAACGUUGAUCGGUCACACUCGGGAACACUUACGUCGUGGGGAAAAGAGGUGCUGCCUCUCGAUAUCCCUACAGCCCCAGUUCCCGGUCUUUCAUUCGGUCUUGACCGAGUGCUUUUCAACCCGGGCGUUUAUCAUUUACGGGAUCCUCGUUCUCGCGUUUACAAUUUCGACCCUUAUCUCGAUUCUAUAAUGCCUGUGACAGAGUUCGAUUUUAAUACCUUGAAGGAGUAUAUUACCUCUUCCAAGGAUACCACUCUCCGCGACGUCGCCGUCAAAGAGAAAAAGAAAUAUGUUGGAUCCUCCUCCAGCAUGACCUCGGUCCUAUCACACUUCCACUACCUCUUGUCCAGCUGGAGAGGAGUUGAUACUCGCACCGUUUCUCGCGGCUUCCCGGAAACUAUGAAGUCUUUCACUCGCCUUCUCCGGUCGCCUGCUGCCAUGUUCCUUCACUACCAGGAUGGCGUGUAUGCGAUUGAUGCGGACAAGGAAUUUGAUUCAGCCAACAUCCUCAUGAACCUGGGAAAAUCCAUGGAAAAACUUCUCACCUUGCCUAAGGAGGAUUUUGAACGUUAUCGACGAUCACACGAGAAUAAAAUCUCCCCCGAGGAAGAGGAGGCAAUUCCCGAAUCUUACCACUACUCUACCUACGGCGACUUCGUCAUGCGCUCCCAAUUGGAUGCGUAUGACCCUCGUUUGCCGGGAACCGGCAUGUUUGACUUGAAGACGCGAGCUGUUGUGUCUAUCCGCAUGGACUCCAAGAACUUUGAACAGGGAAUGGGAUACGAAAUCAAGGACCGCUUCGGUGCAUAUGAAUCAUACGAGCGUGAAUUCUAUGACAUGAUUCGUGCCGCCUUCCUCAAGUACUCGCUUCAGGUGCGCAUUGGCCGCAUGGACGGUAUCUUCGUUGCCUUCCACAAUGUGGAACGCAUCUUUGGAUUCCAAUACGUGAGUUUGCCGGAGAUGGACCAGGCCCUUCAUGGACAAACCGACACUUCUCUAGGUGACACUGAAUUCCAGCUCAGUCUGGGACUAUGGAACAAGGUGUUGGACAGAGCCACAGAGAAGUUUCCUGGUCAAUCCCUUCGCUUCCAUUUUGAUACCCGUGACACCGUCACACCUUUCAUGUACAUUUUUGCCGAGCCCGUCACUCAAGAAGAGAUCCACGCCAUCCAGAAUAAGAACAAGGCCGAGGUCGAGGAAUACCAGAAGCGCCUUCUGAACCUCAUGCCAAAGGAGGAUGGAUUGGCCCAGAGGGCGAUGGAGUCUGCUUUCCGCGAACCCGAAGGAAAUGACGCCCAUGAGAAAAAGAUCGACGAGGCCGAGGCUGAUAAAACCGAAUCUCAAGAGUCCUCUGAUGUCUAUGACUCCUCCUUACCUCCGGAUGAAACCUUUGAUGCUGGAGAGAGUGAUAUUCCGGAACCAAAAGCUCCACUCCUGGCAAUGACAUUGACAACCCGCAACAUCGUCAACGGAAAGGCCGUUGACCGACCGGAGAACUUCACCAAGAAUGAUGAGUGGUCCCUUCAGUGGCAGAUCAGUGAGCUGAACGAGACGCAAGGCCGUCAGCUGUACAAGAUGUGCCAGGCCAGGCGAGAGAAGGCCCUGGCCGGCCGAGGCGAGGACGAACUCGACCUUGCGAGUAACAUUUACAUCCGCAAGCUGCAGAAGAUUAGCCAGGACGGACGCAAGUUCCGCGAGAAGCAAAAGAAGCGAGAUGCUGAGCAGGGUGUUGUGGUUUAUAAAUCCGUGUAA